AUGAACCCAAACAUGCACUAUAAAAACUUCAAGGAACUCACUUCGAACAGUAAGUUUUCUUACACUAGUAGACACAUAUUUUAUGCUGCAAAGAAUAAGGCUCGGCUAAUGCUUGAGGGUUCUGUGGCUGAGCAAUAUGUGGUGCUUGAUGAUUAUUGCAAACAACUAAUGAAAUUGAUGCUAGGCAGUACUACCAUUAUUAAAAGCAAUAUGAUGGCUGAUAAGAGGGUGUUUGAGAGGGUCUACAUAUGUUUAAAAGCAUGUAAAGAUGACUUUAAGUCUUGUAGGCCUUUGGUUGGCUUGGAUGGAUGUUUUUUAAAGGGGUAUUGCAAAGGGAUACUACUUGCAGCUGUUGGUAUUGAUGCUGAGAACUCUUUGUUCCCAAUUGCUUAUGCAAUAUGUGAAAAGGAAAAUACUGAAACAUGGACAUGGUUUCUGACUCUACUGAAGGAGGAUUUGAGUAAGGUAGAUCAUAGAAAUUUUACAAUGAUCAGUGAUAGGCAGAAAGGCUUAUCAAAUGCCUUGUCCACUCUCUUCGAAGGUGCAGAGAUUAGAUUCUGCGUGAGGCAUUUGCAUUCUAACUUCAAGAAGGAGUUCCCCGGUCUAUUGCUAAAACAAAAAUUAUGGGCAUGUGCGCAAGCAUCAACACCUGAAGAAUUCAAGAGAAAGAUGGCUGAACUGAAGGGUGUUAAUGAGAAGGCCUUUGAUUGGAUAAUGAAGAAAAGUCCCUCUGAAUGGUCUAAAAGUCAUUUCAAGACCGAUGUUAAAUGCGACAUGCUAUUGAACAACCUCUGUGAAAGCUUCAACGCUGCAAUAUUGGAUGCAAGAGAGAAGCCCAUUAUCUCUUUGCUUGAGAAAAUUAGGUAUUGGUUGAUGAAUAAGUACUAUGUGAAAUGA